UUGGAGACGCUCACACUCCUGUCAGUUCUGAAGAGUCAGAGCUGCACCGACCGCACCUGCACCUCCAGUGUUGGGACCAGGGCCAUGGCGCUGAAAAGUAUUUUGAAGCCUGACAGAAGGCUCCGUGCGCUGAAGGACGACGGCGCAGCCCACAGCUCCAUCUGUGCAGUCCGCUGGUCCCUGCCCGAGGACAGCGCCCCGGCUCACAGCUCUGCCCCAACGAGCCGAGUCAAACACGGGACAAUCAUCAAGUCAUCACGGCUCUCACGACAGCAGGCCCUGAGGGAGCUGCGCAGUCUGCAGGAGUGUGUGCACUUCAUCGAGCACUGGAAGGAGCAGGUGGAGCACGUCUGUAAGGGGGAGUUUGACCCGGACGAAGGCGCCGGUCAGAGAGAUGAAACGUCAGAUCAGCGAGCGGAGAGGAGUCUGGAGGAGAGCAGGAAGCUGAUCAUGGAGUGGGCAGACGAGCUCCGCCAUGUCGAUGAGCUUCUGAGGGAGAACACGAAACAUCCAAGAAAACAGGACCAGGAGGUGGACCCCGAAGAGGACGCACAGAACAGGAUCAUGGGAUGGGCCAGAGAGCUGCAGGAGGCCACAGAGACUUGUGGCGUCGCGCGUGAGGAUCUGGGCCGAGUUCUUUGGCUGUUGGGCAUAAAAAAGCGGCGUCUGGGGAACCUGCUGCCUCUGCUGGAGUUUAUCACCUGGUCCCUGCUCAGAGAGGACAGUGUGGAGAUGAUUCCUCAGCUGUGGCUCCAGGCGAAACAAAAGACCUGGGAGACUGGAAUCCCCAGAUAUAUCCCCAACUCUGUCUGGAGCUGGAUCUGCAGCGCAGCAGCCGACGUCGUUCUGGACCCUCUUACCCACAAUCCCUGGCUGCAGCUGUCGGACAAUCAGCAAACCGUCCAAGAGGCCCAGUCCGUGUCCGACGUCCCCGAAAACCCCCAGCGCUUCGACACUCUGCCCUGCGUCCUGGCGUGGGAGGGCUACAGCUACGGACGCCAUUACUGGGAGGUGGACGUGGGCGUGAAGGGGGCGUGGCGAGUGGGACUGACCACGGCCAAGUCCAGGAGACGCGGCCGGUUCUCCAUGAGUCCUAAGGAGGGAUACUGGGCUCUGUGGCGAAGCUCUCACAGUUUUUACGCCUGCACCAAACCCGAGACGGAGCUCCCGGUCCGCCUCGUUCCUCGCCGCGUCGGGGUUUACCUGGACUACGACGAGGGCCAGAUCUCGUUCUACGACGCCGAGACCAAAUCCCACAUCUACUCAUUCAACAACGGGACCUUCGAGGAAAAGCUGUACCCGCUGUUUGCUCCUCUGGACGGACACACGGUCAUGAGGAUCGUCCCGCAGAACCUCAGUCAGACCGGGACCUUCACUUGAGCGUGGGACAGAUUAUAGCCCGAGAAAAUCCAACGAAAACGCCAAAAGGAACGGAAAUAAUCGACUUAAAGUGAUGGAAAGUGACUGAAAACGAGUAACUGUAAUCUGGUACUGUUACUCUGUCAUUUGGUGGUACUCAGAUUACAGUUACUUCACUAAAAUCAAAGGAAUACAUGAAGGUUUUAAUCAUGUACUGGAUCGAAAUGGGGGUUUUCACAGCCGAUACCGAUUAUUUAUUGCUUUUACCGAUAUUUUUGGGGAAGUGCUUGAGCUUUUAUUUAAUCUACAGACUCUUAAAACUCGCUGAUAAUGAAGAAAAGACGUUUGUGUUUGAUGGAUUUAGUCAUUUAUCCUUUAGUUUCGACGCUGAACUUGGUAAAUACAGAGAGUUCAGCAGCACAAACGAUUUUGAUUAUUUCCCCUAAAUUAUUUGAUCUGAAUAGACUAAACUCACUCAGACGUGUUUUACUUCAGGUGGAUGUGAGUCGUGUCAGAUAAAAGCACGAGGCAGAGGUUUUACACGAAAAUAUGAUAAAAAAGUACAAAUAUUCAAACUGCACAGCGUCGGAGAAAACUCAGCUCGUGUGUUUUUUGUGUCGUUAAAGUGAAACACAAAUUAAGCUGUUUUUUGUUUUUUUUUAACUAUUUACUCUAUAAUUUAAAUGCGACUCAGUGUAAAAGUACUCAGAGUAUUCAGAGUAUUCAGAGUAUUCAUAAUGCAGUACUCGCCGCUGGACUUUUGUGGCUGAACGUGAUUCUAGUUGUAUUUAAAAAAAGGAGGAGAGGUAGAAAAAAAACUCUAGAUGUUCAGCUGAUUCUGCGUUUGCACUUUUCUAUUUUUACUUGUGUAUAUAGUAUAAAAAGUAAAUAUAUAUCAGAACAAAUGAAGCUAUUUAAAUGGUUCGUAUUAUAUUAUUCUCUGAUCUCUGUUCUAAUGUGGUUCCACCUUGUGAUGUCAUCGUGUGGCGAUACAGGAAGUGCUCCACUGUGUUUUUAAACUCCACACACUUUAAUUUAUAGAAUCAUUUUUUGAUCAUUUCAGCCUCUGGAGUUGCCGAUUUUUACCGAACUAAAAGGUAAAAGGAGCUGUUCACUUGAAAACUACUUGAUGACAUCACAAGGUGGAACAGGAUGAAACAAAACACAACUCCAGGUCUGUUUUUUUUUUGGAGAAGAACAUUAGAACACGGAUUAAAGCUACAAGAGUCAAUUUUCUUCGAGUGUCUUAAGUGAAGGGCCGUGCCGUCGAUUCCACUUUACUGUAUUUUAUUUUAGUUUUGACUAAUAAAACGCUGCUAUAACAGAAAAUAAAGGAGCAAACAGAUGGUGUCCUGUCUUUGUCUUUUAUAUAUUUAAAAA